AUUCUAGCCAUGGGCAAUCGUAAAAUCAGUGCUGAUCUCAAAGAAUGUGCGCUAAACCUCUGGAACACAGGCUGGGAAACCAAGGAUAUUCGCGAUGCUCUGGGAGUCUCCCGCGCUAGCAUUUACCACUGGGAAGCAAUUUUUGCAGAGUAUGGUGCUGUCAACCAUCCCCCUUCGCCAAUACGUGGCCAGCAGCUUCAUAUCCUCACCCGUGCUCUCAUGACGGCCUGUGAGGCCUUGUUUGCUGAAGAAUCAGACCUCUACCUCGACGAAGUUGUGACAUGGCUGGCUUUGACACACGACAUCAGCAUUUAG